AUGUCGUUCUCAGACGAGGCCCUCAAGGCCAAGCUAUCGACCUUGAAUGAGACCCAAGAUUCCAUCGUAUCGGUCUCUCAAUGGAUCAUGUUUCAUAAACGCCACGCCGACCGAAUAGCUAACUACUGGCUCACCCGGCUCCGCGAUGCUCCACCACCCAAACGCCUCAACUUCAUCUAUCUCGUCAACGACAUUGUUCAAAAUGCCCGGGCGCGCAAACGGUCCGAGUUUCCCGACGCCUUCUCCCCCCUGAUGCCCGAGGCGAUCCAGACGGCGUAUCGAUCCUCACCACCGGAGAUCCAAACCAAGAUUCGCCGCGUAGUCGAGGUCUGGCGGACGAGGAAUGUCUUCGAGGUGCCCAUUCUCGACGCCAUUGACGCGCGCAUGGACGAGAUCGACAAGUCCAAGGGCGGCGGCGGGAAGAAGAAGACCCUCAUGGGCCAAAGCCUGUUCGGGUCUGCGAGCAGCACGGGCGGCGGCGGCUUGCCCAAGGAACUGGAGAGCUUGGCGCCCUUGCAGAUCGAAGUCACGAAGCAGACCAUCGCCGCCCGACCCGCCAUCGACGCCGCGCAGAACGAAUACGUGAAGCUGAACGAGCCGGGCGCCGUGUUGCCUAGCCCACCUGUCCAUGCCGCGCGGCUGUCCAGCUUGAUCAAGUCGCUCGCCGCGGCCGAGAGCUCCGUCUCGGCCAGCAUCAAGGCGCGGAAGGCGCUGAUCGCGGACCUCGAACGCAUUCUGGAGAUCAACAAGUCGGCCCUGGUCAAGGACGACGAAACAUACCUGACGCUCGAUAGCCGCAAGGCGAGCACCGAGGCCAAGAAGCGGGAAGUCGAGGACGCCAUCAUCCGCGGCCUGACAUCGGCAGAAGCUUCUUCCGCUGCGAGCACCACUGCCAUCGGCGCGGAUGCAGGUAACCACACAUCGCCGCCCGGUCCUGGCACAGUCGCCGGCCUCGAGCCUGACACCGACAAUUCCCCCCACACAGCCAGCACUGGCGCCUUUCUCUCCGAACGGCCUGAGAUUGAGCAACUCACCGACGACGAAGGCGCUUACAACAUUACCUCGACUGGCAUGUUCGAUCAAGACCCUUCGACUGUAGCUGCGGCACCCGCAGCACCGACGUCAGCGACUUCAACAACCCCUCCGCCUGUAGCGCGCAACCCGGCCCUCGCCGCCGCUUUGGCCGAGUUUUCUGCCUCCUCCGGCGGUGCGGGCCUCCCCCUCGGCCUGGACGCAGAUUACUCCGCCUUCCUGCCUAGCGCGGGCCAUACACACACGCAGACCCGCCCUCGGACGACAAGCACCAACGGGCUGCCAGGCGCCAAGAGACGCAAGACCUCACACGGCGCCGAAGACGAACAAGUCCCGGAUUUGGGCGAGAUGGGCAUUGAAGGCCUCGGACUGCCGGGUCUAGGUAGUCAGCAGGAACAGUCCCUCGGAUUUCCGGGCUUAGGUGGCCAAGGUGCUCAGCAGCAGGAACAGGGCCAGCGGCAGGGAAGGGACGUACUGGCCACUCUGGACGACGACGUGGACGAGCUGAUCAGGCAGGAGGGCGGGAUGUAG